AUGGAAAAUCUAAAAAAAAGACAACCAGAUUUAUAUUCUUCAAGACAUAUGUGUAAAAGAUGUGAAAGAUCUCCAGAAAUAUUAUCACAUCUUUGGAAUUGUGAAGAAGUAUAUGACAUCAUUAAAAUAAUUAAAAUCAUCAAAGAUAAAAAAUUUAUCUUACCUGAUAAAAUAUAUACAUGGGAUAAUAAAGGUUCACUUGAUGAUUUACUAAAUAUUGAAAUCAAGCUUGAUCAAUCAUCUGAUGUUGCAAAAGCAGCAGAUUCAGUUUCAGAAAUCUUAAAUAAAGGAUCAUGGUUUUCAAAAUGUAUAAAAAGUUGGGGAAAAUCAUUUAUAGAAUGUGGUGAUAUUUCAUAUAAAAAAAGAGGUGAAAAUUUAAGAGGAAGCAUUAUUGAUGAUGAGGAUAUUCAGAUUAAAAUAUCAUCUUUUUUAGGAAAAGAAAAAUUUAAUGUGACAGUUAAUAAUUUCAAAGAAUUUAUUGCUAAAUAUGUAUUUCCUAAAUCAACAUCAUCAAAAACUACAAUAGCAGAAACAGCAACAGACUCUUCUAAACUUUCACUUUCAUAUUUAAAAACAUUAACAAAUAUUGAAGAUAUCCAAGAAUGCUUAAGAAUAUUGGAUUCUGAAGAAAAUCAAGUUGAUUUAAAUUUAGAUGAAUUAUUGGAAAAAAGGUUGCAAUUAGAAUCGGAAUUAGAUAAUUUAGAAGUUUUAAGACCGCAAUUAGGAUUACUUAAUUCUCAAGCUACUAAUUUGAUAAACAUAAUAAAAGAAACAUCCAAUGUAGCAGAAAGAAUAAGUGCACAAGUUCGACAAUUAGAUUUAGAGCAAUCAAGGGUACAAGAAGCAAUAAAUGAAGUUGAGAUCGUACAAGAAUUAAAACAUUGUAUAACAGGAAUGCAUCAAUCAAUGUAUAGAAAAGAUUAUGAAACAGCAGCAUCUUAUGUCAAUAAGGCUUUUUCAAUAGACAAAAAAAUAUUAAAUGGGAAAUUUGCAGAAAUGGCUGCGCCGUCAUCAGAAUAUCCAGAAAUACCAACUAAAACUUUAACAGAUAUUAGAGAGGCUUUAUUUACUAUCUUUUCAAGAGAAUUUGAUUUAGCCAUACAAUCAAAGGAUGAAAAAAGUAUUAGUAGGUUCUUUAGAUUAUUUCCUUUAAUUGGUAAAGAAACUGAAGGUUUGGAUAAAUAUUCAAAAUUUGUUUGUGGAAUCAUUGCUGAUAAAAUCACAGGACCAAACUUCUAUGGGCAUGCUCUAAAUAAAUUAUUUGAAAAUAUUGCAAUGAUUAUUGAUCAUCAUCAACCUGUUGUAGAAAAUCAUUAUGGAUCUGGUAAAAUGAUAAGAGUUAUUGAAAGACUUCAAGAAGAAUGUGACAAACAAAGUAUAAUUAUUAUAAACAGUUUUAGUGAUGAAAGAAAUCUCGAAAGAAAGGUAGUAGAUGUUCGAACUUAUAAUAGUAGUGCAUCUAAAAAAUCUAUUACUAAUUCACAACAUUCAGGCAAAUCAUCAAAAAACAAUGAAACUAAUCCUGACCCAAGAGAAUUAGAUUUAAUAUUAUCAGAAUUAGCAAUGAUUAGUGCAAGGUCAUGUUUAUAUCUUAGGUUUAUGGAAUCUAGAGCACAGUAUCAAAUUGUCAAUAACAUUGUUUCUACAGAUAUAAUAAAAUCCAGCAGUCUGGCUAAACAAUUGAAAUCAUUAAUGAAUGAUUUUGUUAUAAUGGAAGAAUAUUUUUUUAGAAAAGCAAUUGAAAAAGCAAUGUCUAUUGAUAAUUACGAAGAAGUAAAUAAAACAUCAAGUUGUGUUGGAGAUGUUUUCUAUAUAUUAAAAGAAUGUUUAAACAGAGCAAUUUCAACAUCUGAUGUUGACUGUUUAACAACAAUUGUUAAUCAAAUUAUACAAAGUUUAGAAAAUGAUUAUAUUACUUUAAUUCAAAGAAGGCUUUUUACUUCAUUUGCUGCAACUGAAUCAAAGGAUGCAAAAAUGGGAUACAUGAUUUUAUUAAAUAAUUUAGAUGUUAGUUGUGAUUAUAUGCAAAGAUUAACAUCUGAAUUAACUUCAUUACCAUCAAUUGUUGAAGAAGAUUAUGAAAAAAUUCAAAAAAGUUUUAAUUGGUUGAAACAACUUUUUACUCAAAUGAUUAAACAAAAACUACGUCCAAUAUUACAAGAAGCAUAUAAAGACAUCAAAUAUGUAUUGAAUGAAGAUGAAUAUCAUGAACAAGAAGCAAAUGAUGGCUUUGCUAAAAGAUUUGUUAUUGGAUUUGAUAAUUUGAUAAAAGUUUAUCAGACAACAUUUACAGAAAAUAAUUACAAUCAAAUCAUGAUUCAUAUCAUUGAAUCUUUGACAAACAUGUGGGAAAAAACUGUGUUUGGGACUAGAUUUAAUCAGUUUGGGGCUUUAAGAUUUGAUAAAGAUUUAAGAUCAGUUACAAAUUAUUUUUUGUCAAAAAUGCAAUGGCCAUUCAGAGACAGAUUCACUAGACUAAAUCAAAUAUCAAUUUUAUUAAAUCUGGAAACUAUUGAUGAAAUUCAUGAAUAUUGGGGUGGUUCAUCAAAAUCAUCAUCAGAUUUUAUAACUUGGAGGUUAACUGUCAUGGAGGUUAAAAGGAUUGUUGGUUUAAGAGUUAAUAUUUAA